AUGGACAAGAUACCACCAGAACAAUUGGCCAUCUUGGCUAAGGAAGAUCAAAGUUCUCUCACUAGCUCGCUUGUCAUUACUUUUACCGUCAUUUCGUUUGUCUGCGUUUGUCUUCGCCUUUUCACGAGGGUCAAAUACCAAGCUAUGGGUUGGGAAGAUCCCAUCAUAAUGUUGUCUAUGCUGCUAUGUAUUGCCACGGCCGUUUUCCAGGUGUUGCAGGCCAAUGCUGGCAAUGGCAGGCAUGCUAUAUUCAUACGUUUCCCUGACGAGGUUGAAAAUAACCUGAAGUAUUUGUUCUGGAGUGUUAUAUUUUACAAUGCCAGUCUCAUUGUAACAAAGAUCUCGAUUCUACUCCAGUAUAAAAGGGUCUUUGCAGUAAAAGAAAUGAGAAUUCCUUUGCACGUUCUCAUGGGCAUCUGCGUUGCAUGGGGUAUUACGACCUUAUUCACCUCCAUCCUCACUUGCGUGCCAGUCCAUGCUUACUGGAACAUUAUGGAGAAAGUAAAUGCGAAAUGCAUUGACAACAAAAUUAUCUGGUAUGUGAAUGCCAGCGUCAAUAUCACGACCGACUUGUUGGUAGUCGCAUUGCCCUUCCGUGUGAUUUGGGGCUUGCAUAUUCCAAAAAGACAGAAGGUUGCAUUACUUGGCGUUCUUACCAUCGGCUGGUUCGUGUGUGUGGUCUCUAUCCUCCGACUUCACGCCCUUGUCGUGCUCAUGGCACACCCCGAAGAUAAAAGCUGGUACGGUUCCAAAGUUGCAUACUGGUCUUCGAUCGAAAUCAAUCUUGCCAUCGUCUGCGCAUGCCUUCCAACGCUUAAGCCGCUCCUCGUCAAGAUCAUCCCAGACUUCACAUGCCACUACGGCAGUAGAACAAAUGGCUCAACAGGAUUGAUCAGAAGGCUUCGAAUUCACGGCCUGGGGAACAGUGUAACGCGAAACUCGGUUGAUGUUGAUCUGGAGUUGGCCAGCAACUUGCUCAGCAGCAAGGCACUUAGCAGCAAGGCGCAUCCUUCAACAUCCAACGAAAGCGUUUACGGCGAAAAUAUCUGCAUCCCUCACAACUCCGGGGAACACGUCGAAGAGCACGGACGAAGGAGCUAUAGUGCGAGUCACAAAGCUGUCGUUACUCUACCCCAGCCGGUAUUUGUAAGACCUUGAAGGUCCAAUAUACAUAGAUGCAUGCUUUAACGAAGACGCGUAUCAUAAACAGUUAAUAUAUAAUAUAAAUCUCACACAAACAUAUGACCUACUGUUCUCAUUUUCUUCUCAUAUUGCUUCUAAGUACUGCCACGCGCCACGAGAAGAAGGAAAAGUUAUAAAGCUCGGAGAGCUCUCCACAGAUCAU